AAGAAGGUGAUCCGCGGAGUAAAGUCGGAGCGCGGAAGCGGCGAAUAGAUAGGCGCAGAAAGAGCGACGAGGACGCGGUGAUACGAAGAGGGAAAGGGAGAGACGAAGAGGACGUAAGCAACAGGCAGAGGAAGAGUAGUAAGAGAGCAGCGAACGUGUGAUCCAAAAUGGCGCUGAAUCAAGACGUGGACCAGUUGUCCAAGAGUAAUCCCGUCGUCAGGGUCGACCAGAAUUCCGAGUCCGAUCUCCAGGCUCUCUUCGACACCGUCCUGAAGCCCGACUCGAAGCGGCCGUUGCAGGUGCCGCUGCGCCUGCCCCGCGCCCACAGCAGCCCGGCCUCCCUCCAGCAGACGUACGCGUCGGCACAGCAAGCGCCGCAACACGCGCCGCAACCGCACGCGCGUCACCACCAUCAUCAGAAGCAGCGCAGCUACGACGUCAUCAGCACGGUCGACGACCUGGGCCCGCUGCCGCACGGAUGGGAGCAAGCGCGCACCCCCGAGGGCCAGAUCUACUUCCUCAAUCACCUGACACGCACCACGACAUGGGAAGAUCCGCGGAAAACAGCCGCUGCCGCAAGCGUGGCCGCAGUAGCCGCGGCAGUCGAGAGCAGCAAAUCCAACGCGCUCGGUCCAUUGCCCGAUGGAUGGGAACAGGCGCGUACAGCCGAGGGCGAGAUCUAUUUCAUCAAUCACCAGACUCGCACCACUUCCUGGUUCGAUCCGCGAAUUCCAUCGCAUCUCCAAAGAACUCCGGCGGCUGGCGCGAUGCUGCCACAAAACUGGCAACUUCAACAACCCACCGGUAUCCAAAGCAACCAGAAUCUACAAGCCUGCCAGAAGCAGAAGAUUCGUCUUCAAUCGCUGCAGCUAGAACGUGAACGUUUGAAGCAGCGACAACAGGAAAUUAUGCGCCAGGUUGGCAUUCAACAAGAGAUGAUGCUGCGACAGAGCACCACGGAUGCCGUCAUGGAUCCGUUUUUGUCAGGCAUUAACGAGCAGCAUGCACGCCAGGAGAGCGCCGAUAGCGGCUUGGGACUCGGUUCUGCAUAUUCACUGCCUCAGGCUUCCGACGACUUCCUAAACAUAGACGAAAACAUGGAUGGCACGAGCGAAAGGCACUGUGCGUUGAAUGAUCUUACGAAACGAUUAUACCGAAGCCAUAAAUACAUAAACGGAGGUGCGCCGAUGGACACGCCGGAUCUUUCAACCUUGAGUGACAAUAUCGAUUCAACAGAUGAUCUCCUGCCGUCACUUCAGCUGAACGAGGAGUUCAGCACCGAUAUUUUGGACGACGUGCAGUCACUCAUAAAUCCUAACACGACCAAGCCGGAGAACGUGCUGACUUGGCUAUAGGAUUAGAAGUGAUACUGCGGCGGAUGUCGGCCUUUUUAAAAGGAUAGGUAUUCAGGUUCUCGAAGUGGAAACUUUAUUCAGAUCUAGACAUUAACUUGCGGUUAAUUAAUUGCAUCAUUGAGCAAUGUUGUUUUCAAUAUUUUCAACCAAUGAUGCAAGUUUUAUUUCUUUAUAAUUUUGUAGGUUAGAUUAUAUUAGAUUAGGAUAGGAUUAAGUGUCUACUUCGAACCUAAACACCUAUUUUUUUUAUUUAUUUCUUUUUAUUUGGAUUUUUGCGGGAAUAUAUUACCACGCGAAACAAUCAGGACAUCGUUGGAAUAUACUUUUUCAUUUCAAGUUUCUCAUAACGGAAUGAUAGAAUCGAGAAUUGAAUUUUUGCUCAAUACGUAAUGACUUUGUUAUUAAGCUGUCUCAGACGCUCUAAAAUAUCAAAAUUUAAGAAACAAAUUUAAAUAUAGAUGUUUAUAUGUGCAUGCGAUUAUAAAUAUGCCAUUGUAAAUAUAUAAGUCUCUUUUUCUCUCUUUUUGUCUUUGGAAGGUAUUGGGUAGCUUAAUGGAAAAAU